UGCCCGGGCGCCCCUCAACAAGUGGUCAAAGAGGAAACAGUUUCCUACGGAACACAGACGCGAACAUCUGAAACCGGACCGACACGGUGACCCCAGUUUUGAUGCGCAGUAGCUAACUUUUAUGGUGGAUGUGCGCUCAAAGAUGCAAGCCUCAAUGUUAAUGCUCGUCUGUGUCCUGGCUGCCGCUGCUGGUCAGGAGCCUGACCGCAACCAUGGCUGUGCCCAUGGCAGCUGUUACCCAGCAACUGGAGACUUGCUGGUUGGAAGAGAAAAAAACUUGAAGGCUUCGUCCACAUGUGGGAUGAGAAGGAAAGAGCCCUACUGCAUUGUCAGUCAUUUGCAGGAUGAGAAAAAGUGUUUUGACUGUGACUCUAGACGGCCAUAUGACCCAGUCUAUAACACCAUCAAUCACCGGAUAGAAAAUGUCAUCACCACCUUUAAACCUCACCGCAAGAAGUUCUGGUGGCAGUCUGAGAACGGAAAAUCUGAUGUUUUUAUCCAGCUGGAUCUGGAGGCAGAAUUUCAUUUCACUCAUCUGAUUAUGACCUUCAAGACUUUCCGUCCAGCAGCGAUGCUCAUUGAGCGUUCGGCAGAUUUUGGUCGCACCUGGCAGGUCUAUCGCUACUUUGCUCAUGACUGUGCUGCUUCCUUUCCUGGAGCCUCCCAGGGUCCUUUGCGAAAUAUCAACGAUGUCAUCUGUGAAUCACGCUAUUCUGAUAUUGAGCCGUCAACAGAAGGAGAGAUCAUCUAUAGAGUGUUGGAUCCAGCCAUCAGGAUUGAGGAUCCAUACAGCCCCAGCAUCCAGAACCAGCUAAAGAUCACAAACUUGAGAAUGAAUUUUACCAAACUUCGCACACUGGGAGACAACCUGCUGGAUCCCCGAGCUGAAAUAAAAGAGAAAUAUUAUUACGCCAUAUAUGAACUUGUUGUACGUGGAAACUGCUUUUGCUAUGGUCAUGCCUCAGAGUGUGCGCCCAUUGAGGGCAUCAGGGAUGACAUAGAAGGAAUGGUUCACGGCAGGUGUGUGUGUAACCACAACACCAAGGGUUUGAACUGUGAGCAGUGUGAUGACUUCUACAAUGACCAGCCUUGGAGGCCAGCUAAAGGACGCAACACAAAUGCCUGCAAGAAGUGUAACUGUAACAGCCACUCCAACGUGUGUCACUUUGACAUGGCGGUGUAUUUGGCCACGGGACAAAUCAGUGGAGGAGUGUGUGAUGACUGUGAGCACAACACAAUGGGACAAAACUGUGAGAUGUGUAAACCAUUCUACUACAAAGACCCCACCCGGGACAUAAGGGACCCACGAGUUUGCAUUGCUUGUGAUUGUGACCCAGAUGGCUCCCAGAAUGGGGGGAUGUGUGACAGCCAUAGUGCCCCUUCACUCGGCAUGGCAGCAGGUCAGUGCCGCUGCAAGGCUAACGUUGAGGGCCCUCGCUGUGACAAGUGCAAAACUGGCUUCUUUGGCCUGAGUGCAGACAAUCCUCAGGGCUGCCAACCUUGCCAGUGCGACAACAGAGGAACCGUGUCAGGCAGCUCCCAGUGUGACCCGAUCAGUGGAGACUGCUUCUGCAAGCGUCUCGUCACAGGACGCAGCUGUGACCAGUGUCUGCCAGAACACUGGGGACUAAACCACGACCUGAGCGGCUGCAGAGGCUGCGACUGUGAUGUUGGAGGAGCGCUCGACAACCAAUGCUCCACGGAGAAUGGACAGUGUCGUUGCCGCACUCACAUUACAGGACGUCAGUGUACGCAGGUGGAGUUUGGAUAUUUCUUUAUGGCUCUGGAUCACUUCCUUUAUGAGGCUGAGUUUGCUAAAAUGGGACAGGACUGUACUGUGGAGACCAGGGAGCAUCAGCCAGGUCGCCCUGCCACAUGGACCGAUAAAGGGUUUGCACGAGUCCCUGAGGGUGGAACUCUGGAGUUCCUUGUUAGCAACAUACCUUACUCCAUGGAAUAUGAUUUGCUUAUCCGCUAUGAGUCACAGAUGCCUCGGGACUGGGAGGAAGUGCAGAUAACAGUGAUCCGUCCAGGACCGAUUCCUACGAGCAGCCCAUGUGGAAACACCAUCCCAGAUGAUGACCGACUCCUUGUCUCUCUGCCAGCUGGAGCCAGGUUUUUUAUUCCUCCUCAGCCUGUUUGUCUGGAGAGGGGUGUGACCUACACUAUUCGCUUUGAGUUUACACAAUAUCAAGAUGCCAACAAUGUCCUCAACGGCGCGGCAUACGCUGUCCUUCUUGUGGACUCAAUUGCACUGAUGCCGCGACACUCUUCGAUGGAGAUGUUCAACACAGGAGAUCCAGCCUCUAACAUAAGAAAGCAGACCUACGAGCGGUACCGCUGCCAGGAAGGGGCAAAGAAUGUGAUCCACCCACAGAUGAGUGACACCUGUGCUAAGCUAAUUAGCAGCAUGUCGGCCAUUAUAAACGAAGGGGCUCUGCCUUGUAACUGUGACCCUCAGGAGUCCAUCACCUCCAUAUGUGAUGUCCGUGGGGGCCAGUGUAACUGCAGGCCCAACGUGAUUGGCCGACGCUGUGACCAGUGUGGACCAGGAACUUAUGGUUUCGGACCCUCAGGCUGUAUAUCCUGUGGUUGCAGCUUAGAAGGGUCAGUGACUCGACUUUGUGACAAGUUUACUGGUCAAUGCCAGUGCCGUCCUGGAGCGUUUGGUCAGCGGUGUGAUGGAUGUCAGGGGGGUCACUGGGGCUUCCCCAGCUGCCGUCCCUGCCAGUGUAACGGACACGCAGACCACUGCGACCAGAGGACCGGAGCUUGCAUCAGCUGCAGGGACAACACUGGAGGAGACAAGUGUGAAAGGUGUGCCAACGGUUAUUACGGUAACCCAAUUCUGGGUGUGGCAUCGGGUGGACAGUGCCGUCCGUGCCCCUGUCCAGAUGGACCCAACAGUGGACGCCACUUUGCUGCAACUUGUUACCAGGACAACCGUAACCUACAGAUUAUCUGCAACUGUAACCAGGGUUACACAGGUGCCCGGUGUGAAGAUUGUGCCCCAGGUUACUAUGGCAACCCCUCCCAGCCAGGAGGGCGCUGCCAGCCUUGCCAGUGCAACAACAACAUCGACAUGUCUGACAUGGAUGCUUGCAACAGGCAGACUGGAGAGUGCAGGAAAUGCCUUUACAACACUGAGGGCCCGAGCUGUGGCAUCUGCAAGAGUGGCUAUUUUGGGGAUGCUUCCAGACGCAACUGCAGAAAGUGUACAUGUAACUUCCUGGGCACUGAUCGCAGCCAGUGCAUGGAGCGCGAUGACUGCGUGUGCCAGCGUGCGACAGGCCAGUGCCAGUGUCUGCCAAAUGUUGUAGGUCUGACCUGUGACCACUGUGCCCCCAACCACUGGAACCUGGCCAGUGGACGGGGCUGUGAACCAUGCAACUGUGAUCCCAACAACUCUGUAACAUCUUCAUGUAAUGAGUUCACCGGACAGUGUCAGUGUCGAGAUGGCUUUGGAGGAAAGACCUGCAGAGACUGUCAGGAAAACUACUGGGGAGACCCCAGGACUCUGUGCAGAGCUUGUGACUGUGACUGGCGUGGGAUAGCGACCUCUCAGUGCAACCGUGUGACCGGCCACUGCGUUUGCCAGCAGGGGGUGUCCGGUGUUCGCUGUGACCAGUGUGCUAGAGGUUUCUCUGGCCAGUUUCCCAACUGCCAGCCCUGCCACCAGUGCUUUGGGGACUGGGAUCGCAUUGUGCAGGACUUGGCAGUGCGCACCAAGGCCCUUGCAGAGCGUGCUCAUGAACUUCAGACAACUGGGCUCACUGGGCCCUAUGAGAAAUUCUUCAAAGACCUGGAGGAGAAACUGUCUAAAGCUCAGGCCAUUGUCAAUGCCCGCAACGCCACUGCUGCUGCUGUCUCCACCUUAAUGGAGCUUAUUGAAGAUCUUAGGGCACAGAUUAGUGAGACAACUGAUACACUAAACCGUCUGGAAGGAGACUUAACAAUAGUCCAGGACAGCAACUCUGAAGCAAGCAAGGAGCUGAGUGCUCUGGAGAGAGAAGCUAAGGAGCUGAACCUCACUUCAGAGCAGCUACACCACCAACUGGAUAUCCUCAAAAACUCCAACUUCCUUGGGGCGUACGACAGCAUCCGCAGCUCAUACAACAGGUCUCGCGAUGCAGAACGACGCGCUAAUGAAUCUACCACCACAAAGCCCAGCACAGUCAGCCAGUCUGCAGACAUGCGGCGCCGUACCGAGCGCCUCAUCACUGCAAAGAAGGACGACUUCAACCGUAAAAAUGCUGCAAACAAACGUGCACUAGGAGACCUCAAUGUUAAAGCACAAGGUCUGGACUUGAAGAAGCUCAAUGAGAAGGUCUGUGGUGCCCCUGGUGAUGCUCCCUGUGGAGAGAGCCCAUGUGGAGGAGCAGGUUGCCGUGACGAUGAAGGGAACCGUCACUGUGGAGGCCUGAACUGCAACGGUGCUGUAGCAGUAGCUGACAAUGCUCUGGAGAGAGCCAAACAUGCAGAGAAGGAGCUAAAUAAAGCUAUGGUGGAGAUACAGGGACUCUUUAACAAGGUGGCAGAAGCUAAGACUAAAGCAGAGGAGGCAAAGGGUAAAGCCCAGGCUGCAAUGGAGAAAGCCACCACCACCAAGAAGAAAGUGGAACGCUCUAACAAUGACCUGAGAGACCUCAUCAAGCAGAUCAGGGACUUCCUCACUCAAGAGGGAGCAGACCCAGACAGUAUUGAGGCGGUAGCAAACCAUGUGCUGCAACUCUCCAUCCCUGCAUCACCCCUUCAGAUCAGACAUCUUGCUGAUGAAAUCAAGGAACGAGUCCGUAGCCUUUCAAAUGUGGAUGCCAUAUUGCAGCAGACACAGGAAGAUGUACGCAUGGCAGAGCAACUGCUGCUGGACGCCAAGAGGGCAAGGCAUCGGGCUGAGGGGGUGAAGACCACAGCAGAGACAGUGAAACAAGCCUUGGUGGAUGCCAAGUCUGCGCAGACUUCAGCAGAGAAGGCCAUAGCCAAAGCCAGAGCUGACAUUGGGGAGACUGAGAAUCGGCUGGCAGAGAUUGAGUCAGAGACGUCUAACAGUGAGAAAGACCUGAAUGACGCCAUGAACCGCCUUGGGACACUGGGAAAUGAGAUCAACAUCCUAAAGACCAAACGCGCCAGCAACAGCAUGGCAGUGGUCCGAGCCGAAGAGACGGCCACCAUGGCACGAGACAAGGCAAAUGAAGCCAAGCAGAUUCUAGAUGGCCAGCUGACAGAUAAAUACAAUGAAGUCCAGCAGCGGGUCAACACCAAAGCCAAAGCUGUGCAGGACGCCAAGAAAAAAGCAGAAAGUCUUAGAGACGAAGCAAAGGAACUGCUGAAAGAUGCAAAAAACAAGCUACAGAGACUAGCAGAACUGGAGAAGAACUAUGAGGAGAACCAAAGGAAGCUGGAGGGGAAAGCUCGGCAGCUAGACGGCUUGGAGGACAAGAUGAGAGACAUCCUCAAUGAUAUAAACAAACAGAUCCAGAUCUACAAUACGUGCCAGUAACUCACCUUCAGUUCAAAAGAAAAGGUGUCCCUCGCUCACUCUGCACCUAGAUACAGCAACCUGACUUUAAAGAGAAAAUGAGAUGUGCAUAUAAUGUGCCCAAACUCCAUUUUAGUGUUUGUCAACGGUUGGUAUCAGCGUGAGUUUUAAGCAAAGGUAUGACUGAACAUGUAAAGUUUGAUAGCACAUAUUUGACUUUAAAUGUAACUUGUGCACAUUAUUUUUCCUUUUGUUCUGCCAUAAAAUCUUAAAUGUAUGAGUUGAAAGAAAUGAUGAUGCAGCUGGGAGAAAAUAUUGCUUUAUAAUGCUCUGAACAUAUUUUUUUUGCAUUAUUUGCAUUUUUUAAAACAUUUUUUUAGUGUGAGAACACAAAAACCUGUCAGUCCGGUUGUUGCUUUUGGUAAUUGCUUUUUAUGUAUGAGGACACAUUGAGUCAGUUUGAAUUACUUUCUCUUUCACUUGUUGAAGCAGAAAACACAAACUUGUAAGUUCUAGGA